AGUGGCUGUAAAGCUAACUGUGUUUACUUCCGGGUUUUCAGCACGUGCAAACCAAAAACAUGGGUAAACCAACAAAAAGACAGGCGAGGAAACAGUACAAUUAUAGUACCAACAGAAGAAAGGAAUGGAAAAAGUCAAAGAAAUUACCUGACAUUAAAUGUAAAGAGAUAAAAGAGUCAUGGGAUAGAAGGCUAAGUGUUGCCAGAAAUCUUGCAGACAUGGGACUAAGUGCAAACCCAAACAAAACAAUCCACAUUAAGUCAGCAAAGGAAUUGAUUACACCCAUUGACUUAGAUGACACAGGUAAAAACAAAGAACCAAAAGGAAGGCCAGUUAAGGAGCAUGUUGUCCAGUCUCUAGAGAAAGAUGCAUCACGGCCAUCAGCAAAGACCAAUAAACUGUCGGAACCAGAUGUUCUCUUUUGUACAUAUAUGCUAGAUAAACAUGGGGACGACUUUAAGGCAAUGGCAAGAGAUCCCAAGAACCAUUACCAGGAGACCUCAAAGCAGAUAAAGAAGAAGAUAAACAUGUUUAAAAACACACCAACACAGUAUGAGGCCUACUUAAAGUCAAAAGUGGAUGACGCUUGGGGAACAUUUCGAAAGGUUUGCUGCAGUCCAGUGACAGCUGAACUGAGGGACGGACCUCCGACCUCACACUCGCCUCGGAAACGGCGAAGAAUCACGAGGAAGUACGAAGCGGCACGAAGAAACGGACACUACACACAAUCUCCUGAAGUGCUGGACAAAGACAGUACUGUAGAAUCUCCGCCAGUUACGUUGAGUCGAGUGAGAAGAAAACUGCAUUUUGGCAGAAAACCGCCUAAAAUCAGGGAAAAUGUCUUAGACAGUUGAAGGAAAACUUGCUACAAUCAGUUGGUGCUAAAAUAAAGAUGGAUUAUCCCUCAAAAUAGUGACAGGCAUGUGUCUGUUUAUGGAGCAGUUAUGUUAGACAUUAAACCACCAUUGACAGCCAGAAGGGCUCAUGAGCGUUCUUUGGCCAUAUACUGAUGAACCCUUUUAGCUCUUAACGGACGAAAUAAUCUAAUAUUUUUAUUUUUGGAAGGUGACAUUUUUAAGGAAAGGUUAACCUACUAACAAAGUUCUUUUGUGAAAAGAUUAUUUCUGUAAAAAAAACUUUACAUCGUAUGAAUUCUAACUGGAAAAAAGAAGAUAAUGUUGAGGUACAAAUCGUUGUGCAUAAAAUCUCAAAUACUGAAUUUUAUUAUACCCCCAGAUCAAAGUAUAUGGAGCCUAUGUUGGAGGCACUCAUGUCUGUUCGUCCGUCCGUAAUUCGUGCCGGCUCCACAUCUUCUUGUUUGGAUGAUUUUUAUAAAACUUGAAUAUCAGUUAUUAACCUCAUCGAGACGACGUGCAAAAGGCAAAACCCUUUUCACUAGGUCAAAGGUCAAUGUCACACUUAUAGGUCAAAGGUCAACUCAUUUCACUUUGUGUCCGCACCAUAUCUUCUAAGUUGCUAAGAAGAUUUUCAUGAAACUUGCAUCGAAUAUUAACCUUAUCAAUGUGACUUGCAGAACGUACUAUCCAAGGAAGAGGUCACACUUAUAGGUCAAAGGUUAAAUAGUUUGACCUCGUUUCUGCUCAAUAUCUUCUUAACUAAUUUAUUGGAAGAUUUUCAUAAAACUAAAAUCAAUUGUUUACCGUAUUCAGACGACGUGUAGAGCAUAUGAUCUGGGUCAUUCAGUCCAAAGUCACGGUCAUACUUAGGGGUUAAAGGUCAAACAUAUUAAAUGUAUGUCCACUCAACAUCUUCUAAAAUAAACUAGAGUGAAUUUCGUCAAGUUAUCACUCAUUGUUAAGCUAAUCAAGAAGACAGUGUAGUGUACAACCCAGAUAACUAGGUUAAAUGUCAAGGUCACACUUAGAAGCCGCAAAUAUGAGUCCGCUCCAUAACUGGGUUUACUUAAAACUAUAAUUGAUUGUAGUUAGAACGACACGCAACAAGCGUAAGGCACGACUUUGGUCACUAGGUUUAAGGUCACGGUCAGACAUGAAGGAUAAAGGUAAAGAUCGUAACAUUUUACUUUCCAGUUUUUUCCUGUAACUUUUUUUUUACAAACACUACUUAUCGUGUUAUUGGCUGGGCCAGUAUUAUUGUAGCUAAUAAGUUACUUUUUAAGUUGACGUUUGUUUUUCAUUUUUACUUUGAUAUCGUUUUCUAAAAUUGAAAUAUUUGAACAAGUUUCAAUUUCCACUUUUUAGCAUUUAAUGUACUUUUUUUAAAUGUUGUGCUAUCUGCAAGAAGCAGUUUUUAUCUCUUACAUUUUUAAUGAAUGCUUAAAGAUUUUUAUAUUUCAUUUUGGUGAAGAUUUUUCUAAAGUCUGUAUUUAAUGUUUAGACUUGAACUUUACAAUUUGCAUCUAAAACCAACGAUAAACAAGAUGCGUUGUUUUAUUGUAUUAGAAUGUGACAACAUCGAAAUUGUUUUUCUUAUAAGCAUGUUUAUUUCGGGCUAUUUUGGGUGAGAUAGGUAAUAGAAAGAGCAUUGAAACGCGAGGGUAAACGAUUUGUACGAGGGGGCGUAGCCCCCGAGUAUAAAUCGUUUACCCGAGAGUUUUAAUGUUCUUUCUGUUUUGUAUCAUAGCCAUCCAUAUAUGGUAGUUGUAGGCGUUCCACAUUGCCAUAUACAGCAGUUCAGUGAGUACUUAAAAUCCUUGCUUUACAAAUGUGUAAAGCCCAGGUAAAAUAAACCAAUGCUAGAGGAGCAGAAAAUCAAUAAAUACACGUCGCUGUCUACUGUUCCAGACACGCUGGCAUACUUUUCUUUCCAACAGUGCGGUAACUUGCGUGCGGGUAUUAAAUACCUGCACACUUUUAGUUACCGCACCCUGUACUCAGAGUAUGUAAUAGAAAGAGCAUGGAAACUCGAGGGUAAACGAUUUGUACGAGGGGGCGUAGCCCCCGAGUAUAAAUUGUUUACCCGAGAGUUUUAAUGUUCUUUCUGUUUUGUAUCAUAGCCAUCCAUAUAUGGUAGUUGUAGGCGUUCCACAUUGCCAUAUACAGCAGUUCAGUGGGUACUUAAAAUCCUUGGUUUACAAAUGUGUAAAGCCCAGGUAAAAUAAACCAAUGCUAGAGCAGAAAAUCAAUAAAAUACACUUCACUGUCUACUGUUCCAGACACGCUGGCAUACUUUUCUAUCCAACAGUGCGGUAACUAGCGUGCGGGUAUUAAAUACCUGCACACUUUUAGUUACCGUGCCCUGUACUCAGUGUAUACGAAUUACCUGCACCAAAUUUGUUAAGAAAACACACCGAGCUAUGAUACAAACGAAUAUCCUGCACCAAAUUUGUUAACAAAAAACACCGAGCUAUGAUACAAUUGUCCCUUAAAGACUCGACAUUUUCCGUUCAACUACGUAUUCUCUGUCAAACUCCUACGCAGAUAUCUCCCUUGCCUUAAAGGAUCAAUGAGAGCGUAGCAGCAAGGGAGAUCACUGCGUAGGAGUUUGAUUCUCCGUAUGCGAUUUUUCGGCAUUUCCCGGUUGGUAUGGAAAGUAAUGUGCUUGUAUGAGCUACAAAUGGUCGAAGUAUACAGGAAAACCUAAUCGCCGCAGUGAAACUGCAGAUUGCCAUUACUUUGUACUGUCUUAUAGAUCACAUGUUUUAUUUUUCUAUGUACUCUGUGUAAUUUUUACAUAUUAGGCUUUAUGUAGCGAUUUCAUGGUCUGCAGUUUAAGUUUAAUUCGCGAAAGGGGAAUUUUUGCUCCCCCCACACUUUUUAGCUCAUCUGAGCAAUGAUCAUGGUGAGCUAUUGUGAUCACGCUGUGUCCGGCGUCCGUCGUCCGUGCGUCCGUCCGUCGUCAACAAUUGUGUUUAAAAGACAUCUCCUCCAUAACCACUGAAUGGAUUUUGAUGAAACUUAGCAUGGAUGUUCCUUGGAUGGUCCUCUACCAAAGUUUUUCAAACGGUUCCGCUUGGUUGCACAUAGGGGCCGCCAGAACUAAAAAUAGAAAAAUCUUCAAACGACAUCUCCUCCUAAACCGAUGGUCCGAUUUUGAAAUAAUUUCACACAAAUGGUCCUCAUGUCACCCUCUACCUACCAAGAUUGUUCAAAUUAUUUUGAUUCGUCAAAAAACAUGGCCGCCAGAGGGCGUGGUCACUUUUCCCUGUAUGUAUAUAGUGAAAACCUUAAAAUUCUUCUUGUGUGAAACUUCUAGCCUGAUUAAAAAAAAUACACAAAUGGUCGUUGUGUGACCCUCUACCAAGAUUGUCCAAAUUAUUUUGAUUCGUCCAAAAACAUGGCCGCAAGAGGGCGUGGUCACUUUUCCCUUUAUGUAUGUAGUAGAAACUCUUCGUAUGUAUGUAGUAGAAACUCUUCUUGUGUAAAACUGUAAGCCUCAUUUUUAAAUAAUUUCACACAGUUUUCCUUGUGUGAUCUUCUACAAAUACUGUUUAAACUUUUCUAAUUCGUCAAAAAACAUGGCCGCCAGAGGGCGUGGUCACUUUUCAUCAACAAUUUCUUUAAACAACAUCUCCUCCAAAACUACUGAAUGAAAAUUUACACAAAUGAUCUCUGGUUAGCCCUCUUUCAAAGUUGUUACAUGGUUCCGGUUCAUUGAACAUACGGGUCUGUUUGGUUAAAAAUAGGUUUUCAGCUAUCAGUCUUUAAAAGUCCUUUUCUCUAUAGCUUUGAUAUUUGGCAUGAUAUAAAGGUUUGACUCUCUACCGUAAUUGUCUGAAUUAUUGCCCUAAGGUGAAUAAAAUGGCCAUGUCUGUGUCGACAUGUACUUACUAUAGGCUUAUAUAUAAGAAAAUUUGAAAAUCUUCUUCUCUGAAUCAAUAAUAGCUAGAGCCUUGAUAUUUGGCGUGUGAUAUCAGAUUUAUAAUGUCUACCGUAUUUAUUCAAAUUAUUGCCCUAGGUUCAAAAAUGUGUGUGACAUGUAUAUAAUAUAGACUAACAAAGAAGAAACCUAACUCUGUACUUAUACAAACACACUUGAAGCCUUGUACACAGGUGAGCGCUUUAGGGUCAUUGACCCUCUUGUUUUGUGGGGGUACACUUCAGAGUUGUUGUUUUAGGAUAUACUAGUAGACGAAUGCAGAUUGAUAUUCACGAAUAUUUUUAAUUUGCGAGUGACAUUAUUCGCGAAAAUUAGCGAAAAUAAAAUCAUCGAGAAAUCACCUUACCUACAGUACUCUUGGGAUAAUUUGUUGUCUUUAAAUAACUGAAAAGUCUUAAGUGUAUUCUGCAUAUAUAAUUGCAUCGUAUUGAAUGACUUCAAGGACCUAAUUGUUCGAAAUUUUGAACAAAUUGUAAAAAUUGAAGGAGUGGCUUAUAAGGCUUGUGUAAAAAGUUGUAAUUUGGUUACUAUGGAUAUAAUCUUUGUGGAACCUAAAAUUCUGUUUUUGUUAAGUUUUGUUAUUAUUUUUAGAGAGAUUAUGUUGAUGUAUUGUUUAGAGAAUGUAUGUUUUAGAAAGAAUGUAUGCUAGUUUGUAUUUUAUGUAAUGUUAUUGAAGUAAGAUAUAUUUGUUUUAAUGUUUGUACAAAAGAUCUGAAUGAAAAGUUUCUAGAAAAAAAAAUAGAAAUGAUU